UUCGGAAAUAUAUGUCAGAGUGUAUAAAUCGAUUAUUUAACGUAUGAUUAUACGUGUAUUGUGCUUAUAAGAAAAGGUACAAUUAUACGGAAUACCGUAAAACUGUUGAUCAUGUCUGCCACAGAAGUGGAGGAUGAUAUUUAUGCUGGUUAUAAUGAUUACCCAGCGGUGUACAAUAUUAAAGAUCUCGAGCAGGAUGAAUUAUUUCAGGAAGUUGUCAGGACAAGUUAUGGAAAAAGAUCAAUAUUCACUCCCAAGACACCAGGCACUGCAAUGCGUCUUGGAACGUCAAGUCGAUUUCAAAGAAGUGGUACUACUACAUCAAUGCAACCUAUGACUAGUGGACUUAGACCUAUGACAGCGGUGAGGAGUGCCGGAUAUACAAGCAGUCAACAAGCUUUUGAUCCUCUUAAUAUGGGGACUAGUUCCAAAGGUCCUGCGCCUGCAUUGGAAACUAACAAAGAAGACACACCGGAAGAGAAGAUAAAAACAACUGAAAGAAAAAUAAUGGGUUUGAUUGAAACUUCUGCACAGGCAGCCUCAGAAAAUAAUAUAAAAAUUGCCUUAGAACGAGCGCGUGAAGCUUCUUCAAGAGAAAGGGCCCUUAUACGAUUGCAGGAACAAGCUGGUCUUAGUGAUAAUCACAAUAUAGACUUAACAUUUGCCGUGCUAUUCAACUUAGCGAUUCAAUACACAAAUAAUGAAAUGUAUACAGAAGCUAUAGCAACUUAUCAAGCUAUAACAAGGAACAGGAUGUUUAGUAAUAGCGCCCGACUCAAAGUUAAUAUGGGUAACAUUUAUGUAAAAAUGGGACAACUAUCUCAAGCUAUAAAAAUGUACAGAAUGGCAUUUGAUCAAGCUCCGACAGCCCACAAAGAUUUAAGAAUAAAGAUUAUGCAUAACAUGGGAAUGUUAUUUGUGCAAAUGGGUCGAUUAGAAGAGGCAGCUAAUAGUUUUGAAUGGGUGAUGAGGGAGAGAUCUGAGUUUAAUGCGGGUUUGCAUGCUGUUUUAUGUCAUUUCGCGUUAUCUCAUCGUGAUAAGAUGAAAAGAGCUUUCUUAGAAUUACUAGAAGUACAACUUAAUGUAGAUCAGGAGGACAAGUAUAGCAUAAAUCCCGUGACCGAUGAUGUUGAAUCUAACAUAUUAAAUGAAGUUAUAAAGAAUGAUGAUUUAUCAAAAUUGGAAAAAGAAAUGAAAUUGGAAGCUGAAAAAACUAUACUUUGCGCGGCAAAGCUUAUAGCGCCUGUUAUUGAAGAAUCACUUACGGCUGGAUUUGCCUGGUGUGUUGAUGCCAUAAAGUCCUCGGCGUAUAGUGUUUUAGCUGCUGAUUUAGAAAUAAACAAAGCCAUGGUAUUUUUGCAUAAUCGAGAAACACAACUAGCUAUAGAUACAUUAAAAAUGUUUGAAAAUCGUGACACCAAAGCCAAUAGUGGGGCAGCAACUAUGCUUUCAUUCAUCUACUAUCUUCAAGGAGAUUAUGAUCAAGCUGAAAAGUAUGGUGAAGCAGCUCGUAACGCCGAUGCUUACAAUGCAGCUGCCUAUGUUAAUUUAUCCGCUUGUGCAAUUAGAAAAGAUGAAUUGAAUGUUGCUAGGGAGCUGUUAUUAUGUGCAUUAGAGACAGAUGCUAGUCAUGUACAAGCUCUGUACAAUUUAGGUUUAGUUUACAAAAAAGAGAAUAUGUAUGAAGAGGCCUUAGAGUGUUUUUGGAAAAUUCGUAAUAUCGUUCGACAUGAUCCACAAACGUUAUAUCAAAUUGGUCAUCUGUAUCAAUUGAUGAGCGAUAUUGACCAAGCAUCUGAAUGGUAUAAUCAGUUGUUAGGCAUAAUAUCAUCUGAUCCAGGUGUUUUACAAAAAUUGGGAGAGUUAUAUGAUUCAAUAGGAGAUAAGCAGCAGGCAUUUCAGUAUUACAAUGACUCCUACAGAUUUUAUCCUGCCAAUUUUGAGGUGAUAGACUGGAUUGGAUCCUAUUUUAUAUCAAUGCAGAUUGCUGAAAAAGCAUUGACUUAUUUUGAAAAAGCGGUAGAGCUCGCGCCAGAUGAACCAAGAUGGAGAUUAUUAGUUGCCGCGUGUUUAAGACGCACUGGGCAAUUCCAUAAAGCUCUCACAGAGUAUCAAGAUAUUCAUAAUAGAUUUCCGGAUAAUAUAGAAUGUCUAAAAUUUUUGAUCAGACUAUGUAGUGAUUUGGGUUUGAAAGAAGCACAGAUGUACGCGGCUGAAUUAAAAAAGGCUGAGAAAGCUAAAGAACUAAAAGAAAGACAAGGUUCAGCAAGACCAGGCACAACAGGUUCUAGGAAAAGUAAUAGUGGAACAUCAUCGCGAGCUGGUUCAGGAUUAAGUGUAAUGUCAGAUCAUAGACCAAGUCCGGAUCGACGACCAAUUUCAGGCCGAAAUGAUUAUCAAGGUUCGAGUUAUGCAGAUCCUAUAGGACCUCUCCCUACUCGUCCUAUGACAGCAGCUGGAAAGCGAGAUGAUGAUUUUGGUGACGAAGAACUCGGAGAUGAUCUCCUGCCUGAGUAA